GCCAAAGGAGCACGAGAUUCUUUUCUGUCUGGGUUCUUGUGCCACGCACAUGGCUGUAUCUGAGUGCCUUCCAGAGUGCUCUCAGCAACGUGACUGCCAUCUCACACCCUUCGCUUUCUGUGGUCACUGUCUGGGCGAGUCUCCAGCCACCAUCGUGCUGUCUUGUUGACCGUUUCUGCAGAGGCUGGAGCAUAGGGGUCGGGGUAUGGGCCGCUGUGGUGUGCUGAGGACUGUGUUGGAAUUGCAAGCAAGGACUUAAGUGUGGGGCUGUACCUGCUCUUAGUGGCCCUUUGGCAUGGAAUGGGUGGCAGCAUCCAGCUGCAGAAGAUGUAUGGGAGGAUCACUUCCCCCGACUUCCCAAACAUGUACCCCAACAACAAGGAGAGAACCUGGAAUAUCAGCGUCCCCACGGGAUACACCAUCCGGAUUUACUUCACCCACUUUAACAUGGAGCUUUCCUACCAGUGUGACUAUGAUUACGUCAAGAUCAGCUCUGGCGGGAAGCUGGUGGCCACGCUGUGUGGACGCGAGAGUACGGACACGGAGGAGGCUCCGGGCAACACCACGUACCACUCCAUUGACAACACCCUCACUGUGACAUUCCGCUCUGACUAUUCCAACGAGAACCAGUUCACCGGCUUUGAGGCCUUCUACGCAGCUGAAGAUGUUGACGAGUGCAAGCAGCUGAUUGACGGCGAACCGCUUUGUGACCAUCACUGUCAUAAUUACUUGGGAGGCUUCUACUGCAGCUGCAGCAUUGGCUAUGUCCUCCAUGAAGACAAGAGGACCUGCUCAGCUCAGUGUCAAAACAGUGCUUUUACUAAGAGAUCUGGAGAGAUCACCAGCCCCAAUUAUCCCAAGCCUUAUCCCAAACUCUCCACCUGCAGCUACAGCAUCCGGGUGGAAGAUGGCUUCAUGAUCAUUCUGGAGUUUGUGGAAACCUUUAACGUGGAAAGUCACACAGAAGCAACGUGUCCCUAUGACACCCUUAAGAUUAAAACACCCAAAAAGGAAUAUGGUCCAUUCUGUGGACAGAAUGUUCCUCCAAAAAUUGAGACAGGCAGCAAUGCUGUGGAUAUUACUUUCUCGACCGAUAUCUCCGGGGACCACACUGGUUGGAAGAUCAAAUAUACAACAACAGCUUUGCAAUGCCCUGGUCCUAAAGCACCACCCCAUGGUCACAUCAACCCAGUGCAGGCAAAAUACAUCCUGAAAGACUACUACACUUUGUCAUGUGAUACUGGAUAUGUGGUGUUGGAAAAUGACGUGGUUCUGAAGUCUUUUAAAGCAGAAUGUCAAAAGGAUGGUUCAUGGAACAAGCCAAUGGCAAAGUGCAUCAUUGUCAACUGUGGCCCGCCUGAAAACAUAGACAACGGCAUGGUUACUUACAUCACAGGACCAGAUGUAACCACCUACAAAGCGGAGAUUCAGUACAAAUGUGAGAGCACCUUCUACACUAUGAAAGCAAGUAAUAACGGUAGAUACCAGUGUGGUGCUGAAGGAUUCUGGCAGAAUUCUAAGGGAGAAAAAGCACUGCCUGUCUGUGAGCCAGUUUGUGGAAUACAAACUAGGACAUCUUUGGAACGUAUAUUUGGAGGAAAAAUGGCAAAGCCUGGACAGUUCCCCUGGCAAGUUUUGUUAAUUGCUGAAGAUGCAGGAGCAGGUGGCGGUGCCCUCUUGUAUGACAAGUGGGUUUUAACUGCUGCCCAUGUCGUAGCUCGUCAAAGAGAUCCAUCAACCUUGAUAAUCAAAAUGGGGUUACUGAACAAAAAUUCUGUUCACUACCACCAAGCCUGGGCAGAAGAAAUUUUUGUACAUGAAGAUUACAACGAUGGCAUCAGUUUUAACAAUGACAUUGCACUGAUUAAACUUAAAUAUAAAGUCCCAAUUAAUGUAAAUAUUACGCCCAUUUGCUUGCCAAGAAAAGAAGCAAGAUUCCAUGUGAAAACGGAUGAUAUGGGUACUGUAGCUGGCUGGGGAAGAACUGACAAAAGGAGGCUUUCCCCAUAUCUACUGUAUGUUGAAUUAGUAGUUAUUGAUCACAAAAAGUGUAAAGAGGCAUAUGCAAAAAUGCCACAUGGAAAAUCUCAGCUAGUAACAGAAAACAUGAUGUGUGCUGGGGUUGAAGAAGGGGGAAAAGAUUCUUGUCAGGGUGACAGUGGGGGACCAUUAACUUUCUUAGAUAGUCAAACUAAGAAAUGGUUUGUCGGUGGUAUUGUAUCCUGGGGCUUAGGCUGUGCGGUUGCUGGCCAAUACGGGGUAUAUACACAAGUGAUUAACUACAUUUCAUGGAUUGAAAACACCAUUUUGAAAAAUUCUUAAGCAGUCUACUUUCUGAUGUACAGUAACAAUGAACAGGGAGUAAAAAUGUUUGUAAUAUUUUGAAAACUGAUUUAAGAGUUUAGUUUGAGUAUUUCAAUUAGUACUUUCAAAUGUUAUCUGCCCAACUAUCCUAAUCAAUUAGUUUUACACCCAAAUCUUAUUUUAAAGUUGCGUUCCAUACAUAUUAGUAGGUGGAAUACUCAAAUGAGCAAGGAAAAUUGGACAUUUAGUAGCACCUUGUUUAAUCUAAAAAAAGAAAAGAUUACAGAAAACUCCAUUUGAAUGUUAGUGUUGAUUGUGUCUACUUAUUAUUGUGGAUAACAAUCCUUUUAAAAAUAUACAUCUAACAAAACCAUAGUAUUACCAAUCUAAUUAACAGAAGAACAUACUUGUUGAGACAGUAGGAAAGAGUUCAUCACUUACUAUAUUAGCACAGCCCAUAAAUAUUCCCCCUCAAAUGAGAAUAUAAAAUUUUUUAUUUUCAUAUCUGACUAGCUCUUUCAGACCAUGCUGCCUGAUAAAAUCACAACAGCUUCAGCCAGACAACUCUUCAAGACAAUUGGCAGUGUAUGGACAGAACUUUUCUGCUGUAGUUUUAAGAGCCAAUCUAGACACAACUAAGAACAGAGUAAACACCUUUAAUCACAAUUGUAGGGAUCUUAUUUUAAUAACCUGCCCCUAACAAAAAAUAAAAACACAGAGCCAGAGGUAGUAUAAACAAGAUUCUGAAAAUGCUUUUACAUGUAUAGUCAUCAGUCAAAUGUUCAGAGAAGUUAUGUAGUGGUCCUGUCUUAGUAUUCACUCAUAUUUAAAGUAGUGCUGCCCAGGAAACUGUCAACAUCCCAUCAGAAUUAGUAGUUCAUUACCACUAUAGUCUAAUUCUAUUGAAAGCUGGUUGUUUCUACAAAACUCCUUUGUCUAUUUAAUCAUCUUAUAUGUAAUACAUACUUGAAAUGAAAAUGGUUAAAAAAAAACAAGACCAAGCUCGCAAGUGGUGACAAAAAUACUUUUUAUUAACUCACUUAAAACACUAGAAUAUAAAAAAGCAUUGAGAGAAAAUGACCAAUAAAGUAUGAAAACUGACAUGAAACUUUUAGGAAUUUCUUUAAAGGUCAGGGAACACUAAAAAUCCAACCUAUAAUACCUGAUCCUGGACUUAAACACAUUUAAACAAAUUAAAGCCAUGCUAAUGACAAACUUACCAUCUGCUUUCUUGAAGGGGUGCCACCGUUUAGUCUUUGGAGGUCCCAGAACACCAUUUAAGUGUUACUCAGCAGCAGUAGCUGGUAAUAGUGCAAGUGCUAAAAUGCAAAAUUCACAGAUGGUACAGAGUUUGGAAAUCAUAUUGGAUUUAGGUGCAGAAAAAUAAGCAACUUUUUGAAAAGGAUUCUGAAUAGUGAAAAGAGGUGGGAUUACAACUGUACCUCAGGAUUCAUAACCCCAUUUUUGUUGUUUAAAGUAUGUAGACUGAGACUUAGUUGCUAAUUAUCACUUUGUACUGGAGUUAUUAAAGUAAUAUCAGUGUAGGUAUUUAAGAAAAAGUAGAUGGUCUCCCCUUCAUGAGAAAUCAUAUUGAGACACAAAUAAACAGGAUACAUCCUAAUUAAGAUCCACUUUAAGAAAAUAAAUAUUCAAGUCAAAGAAGGACCUAAGCUAAAUUGCCCAAAAUCUCUGAAUGUAGAAGCUGCAGAAUAUGGAAUACAAUGAUAAGAGGAUCGGUGUGGUGCUGAUUAUUAAGCACAUACUAACCAAUUUCUGAAGAUCUAAUACUUAUGGAAGUAAUUGUGCUGAAUGUGUAACUACAGGAUACAUUUUUUUUUUGAGAUAAGAAACCUCCACCAAUACUUCAUCAGGUGGACAUUCUUCAGCAGGCGCUAAUAAUUAAUUUUAGUCACAAGUUUGUCAGUUUCUUUGUGCUGACAGAGUGGGAAUAUUGUUCUACUGAUUUCUAAUCAGCAGGAUGAUUUAAAAACAACCUACAAUAUUUAUUUUGCUUUACAUUCUCAUCCUCACAGAAGCUGCUUUGGAAAAUACAUUUAAAAGCAGCAAGUCUACUGACAGGUGUGUUAGUUGCUUCCCAAUCACCUCUUCUCUCCAACUUAAACAAAAAAAUCCACCCCACUUCCUAAAAACAAGUAGGAA